UAACUCUAAACUAUAAACAUAAACUUUAAACCUAAACCUUAAACUUUAAAGAAUAAUAAGUAUCAUAUUUAAUGUUCAAAGAUAAACUUUAUAAUUCUAUAGUUUUGGAUUUGAGGUUUAGAUUUAAGAAAAGAUUAAAGUUAGAGUCUUGUAAGUAAGAAUUGUAUAAGUGAUUGUAAGAGAACAUAUAUCUCAAGAUCAAGUUAAAGUCUCACUUGAAAAUUCAAGAAACUAUACACAUUCAGUUGAUUUAUAUUCACUUUAUAUUGAUAAGAUGAUCUUUAAUAUAACUUUUUAAAGUACUUGAAUUCAAUUUUCCGAUUUUAGGGUAUGUUUGAGGUAUGGCUGAGUUAUAUAAACGAUACGGCUGAGUUAUCUAAACGACAUGACUGAGUUAUAUAAACAUUUUCUGAUUUUAGGGUAUGUUUGAGGUAUGGCUGAGUUAUAUAAACGACAAGGCUGAGAUAUAUAAACGACAAGGCUGAGUUGUGUAAACAUAGCAUAAGUCAAAUGAAAAAUACAUGGGUGAGUUAUUCUUACAUAGAAAACCAAAAAUACAGGUUUUCUGCACCAUUUCGGUGAUAACUCCUCCAUGUCUCCAAGCUUCAUUGAACUCCUCUGUGUCGUCUCUGCUGACUCCGUCACUUCUUUCCGUCUCCCCCAUUCUCUUACUGUUCAAUCUUCUCUUUCACUCAGAUCUGGAAAAAAAUUUAGAUUAUCCAAAUAUGAGUAUCAAAUCACAAACAAACUUCAAUGAAAACAACCCACAACUGCCAACUUGGAUGUUUUUUGGAAUGUAUUUUCCUUUUCUCCUCAGAAUGCACACUUCUUAUAGGUAGGUUUUCGGAGAUUGACGGGAAGUAACUUAGCCACAACUGCAUAUAUAAACCACUUGUAAAAGAAAAGUAACUCAGCCACAACAUAUAUUAAAACUCAGCCACAAACUCGAAAAACUCAGGAGAGAAGAUGAUUUUGGGCGAGUGCAGCAAAGAGGAUUUCGUAGAAACGCUUGCGGAGCAGACGAUUUCGCGAAGACUUUAUCGGAGAAGAAGAUUUCGUGAAGACUUUAUUGGAGAAAACAGUUCGAGAAUUUCAGAUGAUAAACAACAAUAUCGACUCAAAAGAUUAGGGUUUAAGCGACGAAUGAUGAAACUUGUGGGGUUCUUUUUUCAACACAGGAAGUUUAGUUAGAAAGACGAUUCAUUGUCUUCCUUCUCUUUUGAUCAGAAUAAUUGCAGUUAUAAUGACAUGGCUACAGUAAUUAUGACAUGAAUUUAUGGUUUAAAAAUAAUCUCAAUUAAAUAAAACUAACCAAGAGUCUUAAUUGUAAUUAACUAGGAGUCUACAAAUAUUCUAGUAAUUUUUAAAAAAUAUAUGUUAUUCUAGUCAUAUCCCAAUUUUUCCUUAACAUUCUAGUAAUUUUUUCUUAGUAAUAUGAAUCUUUGAAAGAUAUUCUAUGCUGUCUGAAUAUUAUAUCUAUAUAUAUACAUAAAUGUUUGCCUCUCUCAUGUGCUGCCACCUAGGAUCCAGGUCAGAAAGUCGUUCAACCUGCUGCUGACACGUGGAUCUCUUAGAAAAAUACAAAACCAAACAAGAGGUAAGAGAAAAACAAGGCGAUGCAGACGGCGAUUUAGGGUUUUCGAUGGUUUCUCGUUGAUGGGACCCGAGCAUUAUCAUAGGGAUUUCGAUCGGUGCAGACAGAUAUCAUGGUGAUUGGAAAUGGGGCUCUCUUUCGAGGUUUUUGGGGUUCGAUAUGGGUGUCAACAGAGGGAUCUUUGGAGGAAUAAGGAAAGUUUCGAUUCGGCUCUACUGGAAUUCGAUUUCGAAUGUAGUCAAUGUCGAAUCACGAAUAUACAAAGGGAAAAAUGGUGAACAAGUGGAGAAGGUGGAGACUAGCAAGAUGGUAACUAGUCUGGACAAGACUGAGGAAGUGAUGGGUCAUGGAGUUGGCGAUGCUGUCACAGAAACUAUGGAGUUUAAUGGAACUGAGACAGAUGUGGAGGGUAAGGAAGAGGCUAAGGCUGAUGAGGAUGAAUUUCAGGCACUCACAGAUGGGGAGGUGGAAACGGUCCAAGUGGAUACGAGGGAACCUAAGAACGUGGAGAAUGAGCAGGGGGGGAUUGGUGAUCAGAGUGUUCAAGCAGAGGAUGAUGAGAAGAAGAAAGGAGCACGUAAGGCGUUGUUCAAGAAAACAACGGCGAUCACAAUGGGGACUUCUAAGAUGAGGUUUGUUCAGGCAGUGCUUUCACCACGGAAGAAUGCUCAUGCUAAGCCAGGCAAGAGACAUGGAGGAGGAGAUGGAGCAAGACAGACAGAGGAUAAGGGCCCCUUAAACCCUAAACCUUCCUCUUCCAAACCGUGGAUCAAAUCUCAAGAAGUACUGUGGUCUGAUAAGUGGUGGGGUUGGGGAGUUUUUCAUUAUUUUUUAUCAAUAAGCUCUAUGAGCAUUUCUUUGUUGUUGGGAAUUGGGGUUUUAUGGCAUUGUUUUGGCCGAUGGGUUUAUGUUUUCCUAGUGCUUUUGGUUCUGGUCUUAUGUUGGAAUAAACUUGGUGCUUUUAUUGCUUCUACUAUCUCUUCUCGGUCAUGGCUGAUAGGGACUGUGAGUCUUUUCGUAAUGUAUUGGUUUAUCUGGACGUUGCGGUUUUGGUUUUGGGAUGUUUCUCACACUACAAGAAAACAGCGGCAUACUGAGGGAAAAAAUCGUCGGUAUGUCAGGUAUUACGGAGGUAAAUUGGUGUUGGGGAUUUCGAGAUGGUUUAAUGAGAUGGGUGGAGAUUAG